UGGUGGAAUAAAAUCCUAACAUCCUUGGAAUCCCUCACUAUAUAUAUAUUGACAAACCUCCAAACCAAUUAUCUACGAUCCCUUCAUUUUGAUCAAAAACACUAGCCUAACAUAAUCAAUCAACCUUUCUUGUGUCAACCCCCUCAAAAAACAAAACCAAAAAGAAAAAAACUCAUUUCUUCUAUCCAUGGCUCCAUCCAAGUUGUUGUUAUGUUCUUUCUUUCUAGUGAUAUCUUCAUUGUAUUGUGUGGGUUUUGCCCAGAAAACUCCAGGGGCUUCAGGAGCUCAAUUGCCAUGCGUGCAAAAACUGCUUCCAUGCCAACCCUACUUGAAGGAUCCAUCCAAUCCACCAGCCUCAUGCUGCAUUCCCUUGAAGGAACUCGUAGCAAAUGAUAAACAGUGCCUUUGCCAAGUCUUCACCAACCCUGUACUCUUGAAGAGUCUCAAUAUAACACAGCAAGAUGCCAUGCAACUUUCCAAGGCUUGUAAUGCAAAUGCUGAUCCUUCCGAUUGCAAAACUGCGGGUGUACCUCCAACUGCUUCAUCACCACCACCAUCGACAUCUAACAGCUCUUCAAAGACCAACUCCACAGCCAGCGGUCCUUCCAAGAAUGCCGCUGUUGGCGUGGGAGCCCCUCUUGGAGCGUCUGCAGUCACAGCCCUGCUGCUUUUUCUCGUACUUUCAAGCAUGGGAUGAAUUUGAUUUGUCAUUCAUGCAUAAUUAAUUAUCCAAUCUUGUAUUAGUUUUUAGUUAAUCUUGACGACAUUGCAAAUAAAGGAUUUGCUUAGGGUACUAUGGCUUUACU